UGGACAAGCACAUUAUAGAUAUACAGCGCGCUUAUUGUUUUAUAAUAAAUAUUAAAAUAAUUAUUUGAUGACUACAAAAAAAGGCGAAUGUCCGAAUUCAUGUUAUGUCCAAAUUAAAUAAACUACUCAGUACUCUAUAUAUAAACAGUCAUGUCGGAGACAGCACCUUUUUCUUCAAAUCUCCAUUUUUGCCCAUUAUGUGGGUCUGUUUUGCCAUUGCCCACCUUAGAUAGUGAUAUAAUUCCAUGUUCACGUUGUCCAUUCAAAAGAAAUAUUCGAGAACAUGAUGAAGUCGUUGAAAAAUUUGUUCUACAUUUUAAUGCUCCAAAGAAAAAGAAAUCAGACACCAGCCAAGAAAUGGAUGCCACUGGAGUGAAUGAAUUUAAUGGCCCAACUGUUGAACGUAUCUGUCCUAAAUGUAACCACGACACCAUGAUCUACACAACAAGACAGACCAGGUCAGCUGAUGAAGGCCAGACAGUUUUUUACACCUGUGUUAACUGCAAGUUCCAAGAUAUUGAGUAUUCAUGACAAACAUUGGAUUUUUUUCUCUUAAACCAUGUGAAAUAUAUUUCUUAUUUUGUCUUAUUCUUAUUGAAUGUAUAUGCCCUUUUUAUGUAACAUUAGAUUUUCUAUUAAAGAAAAUUGAUGUUU